AAUGUAGGAUGUACAAUAACCUCAUAGUUCCAAACUUGAUUAAGAAUCAGCCACUAAUGCAAAAAAUCAUUUACUUUUAGUCAAUGUAUACUUUAUUUUCAUAUUAUAUUAGAACAUCACAGAAUUAUCAAAUGAAUUACUUUAAAGUUAUAAACAUGAGAUUGACCAAUUGAAAUAGGAAUUGCAUUUAAUGAAAUAGAGAAUCACAAAUAACAAUGAAGAAAUCAAAAAUACAACCUAACCUACUUUAGAUGCUAUGUUAAGAGACUUAAGAUAAGUAAAAAACUAUGAAACUUUUUUAGGCCAUCAACACAUAAAAAGAUGAAAACUCUAAAUUACAGUCCCAAAUUACUGAAAUCAAAAAGGAAAAAAGUCAAAUCUAACAAUUAAUAAUUGCUGCUACACAAAAGGUCGCAGAACUCGAGCAUUAAGUGGGAAACUAUACCUCUUCAUGAU